AGCGAUGCGGUGUCUCUCCGCAGGGAGUUCAUCGAGCAGCACUAUGUGACGCUGAAGAAGGCAAACCCUGAGUUUCCCAUCCUGAUCCGGGAGUGCUCCGGGGUGCAGCCCAAGCUCUGGGCUCGGUAUGAGUUUGGGAAGGAGAAGAGCAUCCCACUGAACAACCUCACUGUGGAUGAAGUGGCCAAGGCCCUGGAGAGCGUGGUGAAAAGCCAAGCAUGAGGACAAGACAGUGAACACACCAGUGCUGGAGACUUGACUGAUGAUAUUUAAUGUCAAACAUGUGUCUUUAACUUACCAAUCCAUAAACACAAUGUGCUUACCCUGA